AUGCCUAUUAUGAAAGCUUUAGCUUCCAAUGUGGCUGUUCGCCGCUGGGCAUAUAAUCUUUCUGGUUUCAAUAAAUUUGGAUUACAUCAUGAUGAUGUCCUUCAAGAAAAUGAUGAUGUCAAGGAAGCAUUAAGACGGUUACCAGCACACAAAGUAGAUGAAAGGUCAUUCAGAAUAAUUAGAGCAAUGCAACUAUCUUUACAAAAAAUUGAACUACCUAAAGAACAAUGGACGAAGUUUGAAGAAGAUGACCGUUAUUUGAAACCUUACCUUGAAGAAGUCAUCAAAGAAAGAGAAGAGAAAGAAUACUGGGAAAAAAAUUACUAUUAG